GAGAGCAGGAGGGGCCGGCGGGCGGUGGCGCUGGGGCUGAGGGUGGCUCGCAGGAGGUGGGGAGCAGCCCUCACACCCAGCUGCCUCUCCGAAAGUGCCACGACCUGCGGGGACAGCGGUGACCCCGCUGUGAGGCAGGGCCGGGUGGGUCUCUUCCCGCCCGCAGCGGCUGCUUGGCGGAGUGGUAACAGCAGGAGCAAGCGGAGAUCCCCUGGGCCUGGAGGGAGUUCCUGCCUGGCUGGCGCUGCAGCCUGCCAGUGCCGGGUUCUUUCCAAAGCAGCUGUUCGCAGAGAGGACAAGGACGGGCUGGACAGACAUGGAAGUAAAGCAUGCAUGCUACAUACUGAAGUUGCCUUUGCUAUUACUUGAUUAUGUAUAUUGUGUAUAUUAAAAUACAAAAAUACAUUUACAUUGUCUAUCUGCAAUACCAGAAUAGCCAACUUCCCACUCUGGAGGCAAGUAGUGAAAAUGCCAGGAAGAUGUAUACCCUAGGCUCAAAAAACACACUGAGCCUUCUUGCACAGCGUAUAGAACCGGCCUCCACUUGUACGCCGUAUGAAGUAUUGAGUCAUGUCCUUAGCUGUGAAAGGUUUGGGAAUUGCUUUGAUCCAAACUGUUCCUGUCACGUUGAAAUGUCACUUCUUGCUUCUUUUUUCAGCAAUAUCUGUCGGUCAUUUUGACCAGCUUCCACUUCGGCCAGCUGAAUGGCCAUGUUUUCUCUGCUGUCAGAACACUGAGUUGCUGAGACAGCACCUCUCUUAUGAAAAGAGCCUCGCAGGGGAAAUGGGCUGGCUCGCUGUGACCCCCAGAUGUGUUAUAAAAGAACUUGAAUCACUGGGGAAGGCACUGUAUGGAGCAAAAUUAAUUGCCCAGAGAUUUCAAGUUCGAAACUGUUCUCACCAUAAGAAUCCUGUGAGUGGUUCAACCUGUUUACUUUCCAUGAUUGAAGAUGGCAACCCUCAUCACUUCUUUAUUGCUACACAGGACCAGGACUUAUCAAACAAAGUGAAAAGGAAGCCUGGCAUUCCUCUCCUCUUUAUUAUUCAGAACACUAUGGUGCUAGACAAACCUUCUCCUAAAUCUUUGGCAUUUGUUGAAAAGUUGCAGACAAAUCAGCUUGUUCCAGAGUACCAAAAACAAAGUAUUGUGGAGCUUAAAGAAAAAGAAGGACUAGUAAAGCAAGAAGGUGAAAAGAGAAGAAAACGCAAAAGGGCAGGCGGCCCAAAUCCUCUCAGCUGUCUGAAGAAGAAAAAGAAGAAAACACAGGAGGGUCAGGAGCCUUCUGCUGAAAAGAAGAAAAGAAGAAAAAGAAAACGAAAUAGAGUUAAAACAGAAGCCAUGCAGUCAGUGCAGAAGAAUGAAGGAGAAUAAACCCAUCUUUGUAGACAACACAGAACUUGAACAUUGUUUGAACUUCAGAAAAAAAAAGCAUAGAUUAAUAUGCAGUCAUAUGAAAUUGAGUUGUUAAUAUUAAAAUUUAUUUUUAUGA